AUGGAUUCAUUUAGUUCACAAACCUCUUCUACAUCCUCUACAGUUCCUAUUUCGUCUAUGGAUUCUCCAUUAGUUACAGCAAAGCCAACUGAAUUCAAGUUUCCUUUUGUUCCACCUUUCACUGCUUUCAAUACCUUGACCUCUCCGAAUCCUAUACCAAUCCACCAGAAUUCUACAUCUCAUUCCUUUUUUUCUCAUCCCGUCUUCACUGUUUCCAAUAUUAAGACCUUUGUUCCGGAAACUUUGACACAUGAAAAUUAUGUUAUUUGGAAAGAAUUAAUUAUUCCUGUAUUCAAGAGCAAGGGAGUAUAUGGUCAUAUUGAUGGUACUGACCCCUGUCCACCGCCUCCGAGUCCUCACUUUGAAGCUUGGAUGAUUAUUCAACCCAGUAAGAGUCUCACUGCUAAGGAAGCUUGGGAUGCCAUCCAUACCUCUUAUCAAACUCAGUUAGCUGCUAGAAAAAUAGUUUUUAAUAGAGGAUUAAAUAGGGGUGGUCGUGGUCCACGUCGAGGCGGUCGAGGAGGCCGUGGAUCACGUGGUGGUUCUUAUUCCAAUUUUGAUCGUGGUUCUUUUCAUGGUACAGUAUAUAAUCCCAACCAUGGUGUUUACAAUGGUGGUGUUCAUGCUUCCAACAAUCAUGCAUGGAAUUCUUCAAAUGGGUUCAAUUCUUCAAAUUGGUCAAAUUCAUCUCAUGGAAAUAAUUUGCCUCCACUGUUGCCGAAUCCAAGCAUGCCUUCACAUCAAAUUAUGGCUUGUCAACUUUGUGAUCAGUUAACUCAUAAAGCUCGUAAUUGUCCCCUGCUGAUUGGAACAAAGAUUGCCUCCCCAAAUCCACAUGGCCCUACAGCCUUUACCGCCACAACUUACCCGACAACUCCGGAUAGCAAAUGGUAUAUUGAUUAUGGUGCCAAUACUCAUGUUUCUAGUACUCUUGGUAGUCUUUUAAACUCAUCUCCUUAUUCUGGUCUAGAAUUAAUUCAACCUAACCCACCUCCCCCUACUAAUCCCGUCCAUCCUCUAAACCCGCCCACACCCUCCAGUCUUUUGGGCCAGCCCAACUCUACUUGCCCAACCUCUACUUUGCAUUCGCCCACCUCACUCCCACCUACUUUGAACCCAUCACCCGAUUUACACUCACUUUCCUCACCCGUUCACCCGCCGGCUUUCAUCAAUUCCCCCUCUGCAACUGUGGCUUCUACCCAUGUCGCCUCAUUGCCACCUGCUUCCAACCCCUCUGAAUCUACUUGCCCUUGUCCAGAUUCUGUUUUCGAGCAAGAGCAUGAGGUCUCUACCACUCCGCUUCUCUCUGCUGCUCUGCCUCCAUCUGGUGUUGUUUCUCGACGAUUACAUGGUAUGGUGGCCCGUUCACAAGUGGGUGUUCGAAAGCCAAAAAUUUUACCGUCCAUGGUUCAUACUCUCCUUGAUUUGACAGAACCCAAGACUUUUAAGCAAGUACAAUGGUUUCCCGAAUGGCAGCAUGCUAUGAAUGAAGAAUAUGUGGCACUUCUGCACAACAAAACUUGGGUCUUAGUACCUCCUCCAUGCGGUGCUAACAUUGUGGGUUCCAAAUGGCCUGGGAUAGAUUAUGAUGAGACCUUUAGUCCAGUGGUGAAAUCGGUCACCAUUUGUACGGUUCUUGCUCUUGCUCUUUCCAAAUCUUGGCCAAUUCACCAGCUUGAUGUUAAAAAUGCUUUUCUGAAUGGGUCUUUAUCUGAACCUGUCUAUAUGUCUCAGCCACCGGGAUUUGUUGAUCCGCAGUAUCCUAAUCACGUUUGCUUUCUUCAACGGGCACUUUAUGGUUUAAAGCAAGCUCUUCGUGCAUGGUUUCAACGGUUUGCAGCCUUUCUCUAUUCUUGUGGUUUUAUUCAGGCAUACUCUGAUUGUUCUAUGUUUCUAUAUCACUCGAAUGGUAUGCUGGCUAUUCUACUUUUGUAUGUUGAUGAUAUUAUCUUAACUGCCUCUACUCAGCCCCUUUUGGAUCAUAUUAUUGCUUUGUUAGAGAAGGAAUUCUUGAUGACAGAUUUGGGUGUUCUCAACUAUUUUUUGGGCAUUACAGCUAGAUUUAAUUCAGAUGGUAUCUUUCUCUGCCAAACUAAGUAUGUGGCUGAUUUGUUAGAUUGCACUGGUAUGUCUGAUUGCAAAGCAGUUUCUACUCCUAUGACACCAAAGCAAAAGUUGGUUGCUUCUGACAGUCCUCCUUGCUCUGAUUCUACUCAGUAUCGGAGUAUUGUUGGUGCUUUACAGUACUUAACUUUUACUCGUCCGGAUAUUGCCUUUGCUGUUCAACAAGUACGUCAAUAUAUGCAUGCACCAAUUGAGAAUCACUUUCAAGCUGUGAAACGAAUACUUUGUUAUUUGCAAGGUACUCUACACUAUGGGCUUCAAUUAUUCAAAGAUUUUUCUCCUUCCUUGCACAUUUACGCAGAUGCUGAUUGGGUUGGAUGUUUGGAUAGUCGUCGCUUUACCUCUGGCUAUUGUUUGUUUUUUGGUCGGUCUCUAGUUUCCUGGUCUUCUAAAAAGCAACCAAUUGUUGCUCGAUCUAGUGCAGAGGCAGAAUAUAGAGCUAUGGCUAAUGCCGUUGCUGAGGUGGUUUGGGUUCGUUAAUUAUUGGGAGAGUUACGGAUCUUUCUUUCUUCUCCUCCUGUCCUUUUUUUGUGAUAAUAUUAGUGCUCUCUAUAUGGCUCUUAAUCCUGUGUAGCAUCAACGGACAAAGCACAUUGAGAUUGAUAUACAUUUUGUUCGUGAGCAAGUUGCCUCUCGUGCCAUUCUUUUGCAACAUGUUCCUACUUCAUUACAGUGCACUGACAUUCUCACCAAAGCUUUAUCUACUUCUGUUUUUGCUUCUCAGUGAUCCAAUUUGUGCGUUCUUCACUAUCCCGCACAAAUUGCGGGGGGAUGAUAGUGUAUUAGGACAAUUAUGUAAUUUGACUAUGAACAUACAUACAUAUAAAUAUGUAAUCCUAAU